AGGAAAGGAAUAUCAAAUUUGAGAGAAAAAUUUUGGAAAAAAUAUGCAGACGGCGUCGUAUAGCGAACUCGAAUAGUCAAACAGCAACAGCGAAGAGUUGGAUUCAAGGAAGAAGUGCUGAGUUGCGCCCAACACCAAAAGGAGCCCAUUUCUUUCAGUUUUCAGAAAAAUUCAAAACUAAACGGAAAAAACUAGCAUUGUCGAAAGGCGCAUCUCUCGAUUUUCCCGAUCCUAUCUUGAAGAGCAUUAUAACUUUGGAUAUUGCUAAAGAUUCCCCAAUUGACGAAAGAAGCCCAAAAAAUCAUCAGUUCAACGCCUUCGUAGAUCAGGUCUCAAGUCCAGUUAGAAGAGAAAUAGCCAGCAGAUCUUCUUUGGGGAUGAAGACUCCAAAUAAUAAUGAUCAAACUGAUGUUGAGAGUGGGAGGUUGGAAAAGGAGAGAGAAAAGGCAACGCGAAGUAAAAGAGGACUCUCAUUACACAAUAAGGCCUUUUUGUCUGGCCUCGCAUAUUGUUUUUCUUCCUGCGGCAUGAUACUGGUGAACAAGUAUGUCCUCUCCAGUUAUGACUUUAAUGCUGGAAUAUCUUUGAUGCUGUACCAGAAUUUUGUAUCCGUAGUUAUUGUUUCCAUAUUAAGUUAUCUUGGUGUAAUUACAACGGAACCAUUCACAUGGAGAUUAAUCAAGGUCUGGUUGCCUGUCAAUAUUAUAUUUGUGGGGAUGCUGGUCACAAGUAUGUUCAGUCUAAAGUAUAUAAAUGUCGCCAUGGUCACAGUUCUGAAGAAUGUAACCAAUGUGAUAACUGCUGUUGGUGAAAUGUAUCUAUUCAACAAGCACCACGACAAUAGAGUUUGGGCAGCACUUUUCUUAAUGAUCAUUUCAGCAAUAUCAGGAGGAUUUACGGAUCUCACAUUUCAUGCCAUUGGAUACACGUGGCAGUUUAUAAAUUGUUUUUUGACAGCAUCUUAUUCUUUGACUUUGCGUCGGGUGAUGGACACAGCCAAGCAAGUCACCAAAUCCGGAGACCUGAAUGAGUUCUCAAUGGUCAUGCUAAACAAUAGCCUUUCACUGCCUCUAGGGAUUUUGCUUAUGUUUGUGUUCAACGAGGUUGAAUAUCUUUCACAAACGCCACUUUUGAGGUUGCCCACCUUCUGGCUGGUGAUGACCCUUAGUGGAUUCCUAGGAUUAGCAAUCAGCUUCACUUCCAUGUGGUUUCUGCAUCAGACGGGAGCUACAACAUACAGCCUUGUCGGAUCCCUAAACAAGAUACCUCUUUCUGUUGCUGGCAUUCUCCUCUUCCAUGUCCCGACUAGCUUGGAAAAUUCUGCAAGUAUAUUCUUUGGCUUGUUGGCAGGAGUGAUGUUCGCAAGAGCAAAGAUGCGUUAAGGAUCUCAAGUUAAAGUAUUUAAGCUCACACCAAACAUGUAGACCAGCCUUUGUGGCAGUUGUUUUUCUGCUUUUACCCUGCAGUGCUCUCUUCACCACUGGUGAUUCUGUAACAUUUAUUCCCAGCAAAUCAAACAUUUGAUGAUCAUGUUGUAUGAGAAUAAUCAAUGAACAGCAUCUAUACCAUACAAGAAGCAUCGUAAUGUAGUUUAGUAUAAAAAUCAACUUCAAUUU